AUGGCGAGGGCACAUCGUAUGAUCGAAGUUUGUAAAGUGGGCUGUGGUCGUUUGGAGGCAGGGCUGGGUAGGUCGUCUCCUGUUGAACAGGACUGCGUAUUCGUUCUCGCGUGUGGACAGGUGUGCAGGUCGGCAAGUGCGAGGUGGUGUGGGAGACUGGGUGGUUUGAGACCAUCGAUUGAUUGAACUGAGUGAGAGAAAUGCAUUAGAUACCAGUAGUUUAUUU